UAAACUAUAGUACCGGAAACUCGGUCCACAGUUCUAAUUGAAGCGAUCAAAAUGAACGCUACACUCUUGAUCUUCGCAUCUCUCCUUGCUCUGGCAACAUGCAACUUCAAAUUUGGAGAGAAAGCCAUGCAGGCCUUAACUGCGGUUAGGAACGAGUGCUUCGCUUCAGAAAACGUGGACGCAGCUUUCAUCAAUCGUCUGGAUACUUACGAAAUACCGUCUCGCGACGACUUGAAAUGCCACAGCUUGUGCGUCUUCAAGAAGUUCAAUGCCAUCGACGAGAACGGAGCCUUCAACUUUGACGUCUUCAAACCUUACGUGCCGGAGACCGAAUUUGCUGCAGUCAUGAGUAUCAUCAACAAAUGUAACGUAGUUACGACAGAUCUAUGCGAGAAAGCACAUGAGUUGCACAGUUGUUUCAAUCAAAUUGUUUACAAACAAAACUAACAUGUUAGUCAUAUUUACUCAAUAAAGUCUACCUAAUUAUUAA